AUGUCUGGCUCAACCUAUCAGCUCUGCAGCAUAGGAAACAUCACCAUAUCAGACAGCAUGACCCUUGACAGAGGGUGUGCUGACAGUGGUGCUGACAAGCACACUGUUGUGAAUCUGAAUCCUGCUGAUGAGCUGUUGACUGGAGAUAGGAGUGCUGAUCAUCCCAAAGUGGAUAUGAGUCAAGAUGCAGAGACUGGAUCCUAUAUGCCAGAGAUUCCAGUGAUAGAGCCAUCUUCUGAGGUCAUUUCCGAUACAAAUCCACAGGAGGGUGAUCCUAUAAUACUACCAGAAUUUGCUGUUCUUGAUGAGGAACAUCUGCAUAAACAGCCUGAGCUGACAUCUGCACAAUUAAGUACCAUUCAACAGGCUGAAGCCUUGAUACCUAAUGGGACUAAGGAAGUCAUGGAUAGAUAUAGGGAGGCUAUAGAAUCAGCCAAUCAACCAGUGCCUUCCUCUUCUCCAGAUGCUAGACCUCAGGAUAAAGGCAAAAUAGUCAACUACUGCAAUAAGCUUGCUAUGCUUCCAGGAUUCACUAGUAAUGACUUUGAUGUUAACAGCCAACAUCAAGCUCUUAGUUUCUGGGAAGCACUUCAGAAUGAAUCAACUGAGUCAGGCAACACAACUGUGGUGACUAGUAAUGGCACUGCAAUCAAUGAACCUAGUAUGGAAAAGAUCCCAAGUCAACUGACUACAGCUCAAAAGACACUGAAACAGCAUAGGGCUCACUCAGUGGAGAUAUCAGAAGGUGUUAAUGCCUUUCACACUAUCUUGCCAAGUCCUUCAGUAGUAUUAGAACAAUUGGCACACUUGAACCAGCCUUUGGGCACAGCAGCUAGUAUCGCUCUAACUCUACCACAGGCUCAGACUGGGUAUAUAGUCUAUACUGCUUUGCACCUGGUUCAUGCCAGCCCUUUGGUGACCACUCCAAUGGUUGAGAGCAGCUGA